CAGUCGUGCAAUAUCCGGAUGAUUAGGUGGCAAUUCUGGAUAAUAGGAAUUUGGAUCGACGGUCACCCGAGCAUCUUUAUCUUUACGGUAUAACUUUCAAGAUAAUCCUACGGAAAAAAAAAAGAAAAAAGUUGUAAUAUCCUUAUCCAGAAAUAUCUUAUCAGGUGUUAAAUUUUUUCUUACACAAUCGUGAUUCAUAGAGAAGAUACCGAAAACGAGGUGUAAGCAUUAGAGUUUGUUUAACAGAUUUUCAAUGACACAAGUAUGAAGAUCGACAUAGUUUUAUUUUCGAUACUUUGUUUCGAAAUUCGAUUAAUAUGCUCACAAACGAGUAUACCAGAAUCACUGAAGGAGUGUUACAGAACCGAAAGUGCGUUAAAUCCUAAACUUCCGUUAAAUUUACGUAUAAUAACAGAUAUCGUGCAAAAAUUGGAAAGACAUUCGUACGGAACAACGAAUUUGCGAACAAUGUCAUCCGCGAUAUUACAUAGAUUCAAGUUCGACGGCAUCGAAUAUCAAAAUAACGUGCAUCCUUCGGAGGGUAUUCUUCCAUUCGGUGCAACUGGAACACAGCGUAUUAAACAUAAAUUGAUAGAAGAUCUUAUUCCUAGCGAUAUACAAACGUUACCGGUUCACGUACUUUCACAGACAGAGCGUUGUAUACUGCAUCGAUCAAUUUCGAAUACGAUUCUGAGAUACGAUAUCGAUGGAAACAAUACGUGUACUCGUCCUGUUGAAAUUCGAAACGAAACAGGUCGAGUGGCGAAGUGUCCGAUACAGCAAGGAGUAAUUCUAACAUCCUACGGAACUAUUGCGCCUGGAGCGAUUAUAGGAGCGAUAGCUGCGUCUCUUCAACGCCAAAAUGUUGCUGUGAAACAAUUGAUCAGCAAUUUAGAAACAUCUGUUUCGGAAAGGAGUUCCACAAAUUUACGGUAUAACGAAGAAGAAAUCGAUUUGAUCGUACCAAGAAGCGAAAUGAGCCAAGGACCAUCUAUGUGGUACGAAACAUUAAUCGCAUCGUCCAGUAAAGUCGACAAUGUAUGGUUAACUACGAUCGCAGGUGAAUUAGCAGAAAUGGUAGUGUAUCAAGGCCCGUUGACAGGAUUCAAUAUGACCCUCGGCGCGACAGGAUUCUGGCAGAAUAGAAUAUGUCCGACUAUUUUUUAUCUCGCAGAUUCGCAGGAAAAUUUCCAUGCAACUCGAGCCGAACUAAUAGGGGGCAUCGAUGGUAUGAUUAUCGCGAAUAAUUUGCAGACUUGGAUCGAAGAUUUUUAUAGUCUUCGACUGAGUCAAAUUUUAGAAACGUAUUAUUCGUACGAGGGCGUCGCUUUUAACGCGAACAUCAGAGCCUGCGAACGAUCGCGAGCCUUUUUAUAUUCGGUGCCAAAAACUAUUUUGGACGAACAGACUUACGCGAUAGCGCAGAUGUUGGCUUAUCGCAAUAGUAUCGCAUAUAUUUCACCCGAAACUCUGAAAAAGCUGGUCGAAUGCGCUACCGAAAAAUUUUAUACCUACGCGGAGAGUCAUUUAUUUCCGGAAUUGCCUUGCCAAAAAAUAAAUCGUUCUCGCGUGGAAACGUUAGUCGUAUUCGAUGGUUCGUGGCCAAUGGAAUAUACAACGGAUCUAUUAGCAGUUUUGAUACAAGAUUUAGACGUAUCGACGUACGGAUCAAAGAUCGGUAUAAUACACGGUACUACGGGCGAAUGGUUGUUGAACGUUACGAACAGUCCGUCGUUAGCGUUCGAAACGUUAACGAACUUUACGAACGUUCCAUGGCCUACCGAAUUAAACUACGUUAAAGUUUUGAAUACGAUAUUCGCUCAUUUGAACAAAACCUGGGAAAACAAGGAAAAACAUGGGAUUAUCGGCAAUCUUGGACAAGUAGUUCUACUGUUAACUCCUUUAGGUUCUAUGUCGAAUAACGAGAAAGUAUCGGCAACGACGAUUCUACGUCGAAUAAAGUAUAAUCAUCCAGAAGUUAAUUUCGUAUAUUACACGUCACGAUCUAAUACCGAUUUAUUUCAAUCGUUCAUACUAUCCGACGAGGAUCGCUUGAUAGAUAAUUCGAACAUCGACAGUGUUAUUCGAUAUAUAUCGACAAUUCCGAAGAUAUUGAGAUCCUCGUCGUCUUCGUACAACGGAACGAAUGUUACCUCGCAAUUCGAAGAUUACAUAAGUCCUUCGGAAUGUAUAAGGUACAAAAUGAAUUCGAAGUGGAAAAAAGAUAGGAGAAGAAUAUCGAUGACAAUACACAGUUUCGGUUACGGUAGCGUAAACGCUUGUUCGUGGACGCAAUUCGGAUCCGGCGACGAAGAAAAAUUUCGAUGCGUCGAAUUAGCCGGUUACGAAGAAGUUAAAUUAACGAAUCAGUUGAACUGCGUUGAAACGUCGUCUUGUCCGGAUAUAUAUCUAGAGAUACGAAACGUAACUUCUUUGUACAAAUGUGCAGAAAUAGAGUGCAAAACACCGGACCAAGUAAGAUUCAUCGUAAGAACGAAAGAGGAAAUUGUACGGCACGAAAAUUCUGCGAAUAAAAAUAAAUUAGCGUUACUUAAUUUUCUGACUUUAUUUAUAUUGGUAAUAUUAAUAUAAACUUUGUACAUUAUUACGCGAUUUUUUCGUUGAAAUAAAAGAAUUGAAAAGAAAAAAAAUUAAUAAAACCA